CACAGAAUAAGAAUGAAGCAAAUUUACAGAGUUCCUUUCGAGAGAAACACAGAACGUGUAAAGCAACUGCGAUAUGACUAUGUGCAGAGAGUGAUGGAACUAGAAGCAGAUGCCAUGGGACAUGAGCUACUUUUUGUAGAUGAGGCCGGUUUUAACCUCAGUAAAACCAGGAGACGUGGCAGGAACAUUAUUGGACACCGUGUCAUCAUCAAUGUCCCAGGACAACGUGGUGGUAACAUAACCAUGUGUGCAGCUAUAAACCAAAAUGGUGUUGUUCACCAUCAUGCAACCAUAGGCCCAUACAACACUGCACACAUUACUGCAUUCCUGGACACCUUACAUGACAUGCUCACUGUUCAGAGACCAGAGCAUACCCGAUAUGUCAUCAUAUGGGACAAUGUUAGUUUCCAUAGGGCUGCUUUGGUCCGCAACUGGUUUACAGACCACCCAAUCUUCAUGGCACUCAACCUCCCUCCAUACUCUCCAUUCUUGAAUCCCAUCGAGGAGUUCUUCUCUGCCUGGCGCUGGAAAGUGUACGACCGUCAUCCUCAUCAACAGGUAGCCCUUUUACAGGCAAUGGAGGAGGCAUGUGGAGAUAUUGACCAGGCAUCAUGUCAGGCCUGGAUACGGCAUUCAAGGAGAUAUUUUCCCCGGUGCCUUGGACUGGAGGAUAUCGCAUGCGAUGUGGACGAAAUUUUGUGGCCGGACCCAGAAAGACGACAUGAUGUAGGCUGAUUGUCUUUUUUUUUUCUCUUUUUUUUUGUGAAAUUACUAUUUUGUGUUCUGACUUUGUCUUGGUUUUGAUGAGUGUGAAUAAACACCAAUACUUGAAGUUUGGAUCCUUGUAUGUUUACAUGACACUAUGACAAAAGUAUGACCUCAAAUUGACAUCUGUACACAGAGAAAGCAAAAGCCAGAUGUGUUUUGUAUUCAUACUAUCAGUGUGUAGUUGGCACAUUGUGUGCUUAGUAGAUGAUGGCUUGUGUUUACUGUUUGAUACGAAAACACCAUUUUUACAAAGGUGUGAAGAGUUAAUCUAGCUGUGUUCGCUUUUGCAAGAGAACUACAAUGUUUUGAUAAUUGGGUGAAAGGUUUUCUUAUUUGUGUGUAGAGUUUUGCAAAAAUAGCCAAUAGUUACAAAAAAUGUGCUUAAGCAAUCAGAAAAAAC